AUGCAGCUCACACCCAUGGCACUGCCGAGCCCCAACCCCCAGCUACCACCAGAGGCCGAGGUUCCACUCGGAGAAACGACCCGGGACACCACCCCAACCCAGAGCACACCAAAAGACCGGGACACCUUUGCGGCGAGACCACUACUGGGUCUCACCGCCAACGAUCCCGCCAAGGACGGCAGUGACACCGAAGCUGCCGAAGCUGCUCACGAGGAGGCCCCCUCCAACACCAGGGACCAAGAUCCCACGAGCACACCAAUGGGUGCAACCUCCAACGACCAGACCGAGGCCGGCAGUGUGACCGUGGGGGCCGAUGCUGCCGAUGAAGAAGUCCCCACCAACACCGGGGACCGAGACAUCACGAGCACACCAAGAAGCUCAACCCCCAACGACCAAACUGACGCCGGCAACGUGACCGAGACCGGUGACGUCGGCCACUGUGAAGACCCUGCCGGCACCUCAGCGCCAUGGGAACCAACUGACGAGUCCUGCGUGCUCUAUGAACACACAAAGCGGUUGCGGAGGCUACUCAGGGAACCGGUGUCUGCUGCGGGUUGGAGCAGCUUCACCACCACUCUUGAGGCCGCAAUUGAGGCAGUGACGACAGCCGUGAAGCUCCCCUCCGCAACAUCUGGAGGGAGGCCUCGCCGUGAAGUCAAUCCCAACUGCCCGCAGCAGAUCCAGUCCCUGUACCGCCGCAACCGCCGCCGGGCAGUGAGACUCAUCGUCGAGGGUCCCUCCACGCAGUGUCCAGUCCCACUGGACGAGCUCCAGGCCCACUUUACCACCACAUGGGCCCCUAGGGAGGUCGACACGGACCUCCUCAUGGCCCGAGUGCCAGCGGCAGGCGAGGUAUCCAUGGCUGCCUUCACCGACGACGAGGUGGCGACCCGCCUGCGACGCUGCGAGAGUACGGCACCGGGGGGCGACCGCUUGACUUACCAACACUGGCGAACUGUCGAUCCCGAGGCCUCCUUCCUUGCGGCGGCAUUCAACAUCUGCCUACGUCAUCGCCGCGUGCCAGACACCUGGAGGGAGUCGAGAACGAUCCUCAUCUACAAGAAGGGAGAUCGGCAAGACCCCACCAACUGGCGCCCAAUCUCCCUCGGUUGCACAGUCGCGAAGCUCUACGCCGGAUGCUUUGCGGCUCGUCUGCAGCAGUGGCUGUCUGACCACCGCGUCCUGUCACGGUGCCAGAAAGGAUUCAUGCCACACGACGGAGUGUUUGAACACAACUUCGUGCUGCAGGAGCGCUUGGAUGCGGCCCGGACGGGCGGUGGAGACCUUUGUGUGGCGUUCCUGGACUAUGCCAACGCCUUCGGGUCGGUCGCCCACAAUGCUCUCGUCGACGCGGUCCGGGGAGCUGGUGCCGGGGAGGCAUUCGCCUCCAUAGUGGAAGACCUGUACAGCGGCAACACGACAUCCAUCGUCGGUGAGGCGGGCAUCACGGAGCCCAUCAACAUCUCAGCCGGGAUCCGACAGGGCUGCCCACUGAGCGGGCUGCUGUUCAACUUGGUUCUUGAUCCUGUCAUCAGGGCGGUGCAGGGAGGCGAAGGGCAGCACAACAUCCUCGCCUACGCCGACGACCUCACCCCCUUGGCCGACGACCCAGGGACACUGCAGCAGCGCAUCAACAUCGUGGCGGCCCUCUCCUCCCGGAUUGGGCUCCGGCUGAACCCGGCCAAGUGCAGGACCCUUCACCUCUCCGGCCAGCACCCUGUCGGCACGAGACCCACCCGCUUCCUCAUCGAGCGUGAGCCUGUCCCGGCCAUCGGGGACUUCGUGGGACACGCCUUCCUGGGCAGACCCGUCGGGUACAGGGUGCUCCACGACGAUGCAACCAUCAGCGAUGCCGUGGACCUCGGCAAGCGCCUCCUCAACUCUGUGCUCGCUCCGUGGCAGAGGCUGGAUGCGGUAAAGACGUUCCUCUUUCCCGCGCUCAACUUUGCCAUGAGGGCGGGCACCCUAGGAAAGGUGGAAUGGCGGAGACUGGACGACGCACUGCGCCCGCUGCUCAAGCGCACGCUGUACCUGCCAAGCAACGCCUGCAACGAAUACCUGUAUGGGAGCGCGGCGGCAGGUGCGGCGGGCAUACCUGUAGCGGCGGACACAAGCGAUGCCUGCCGAGUCGACGGAGCCUUCAAGCUCCUCUCCUCCGCCGACGCCGAGAUCCGCGACAUGGCCCUCCGAGCCGUGACCCAGGUGGUGUCAAAACGCCUACGGCGGGUUGCGGCUGCAGAGGACGUCGAGAGGUACCUGACCGGGGAGACCGAGGGCGACUUCCGGGCCACCUCAACGCAGGUCCAGUCUGUGUGGACCGAGGCCCGGAAGGCCUCCCGCCGCCUUGAAGUGGGGUGGGAGCUGCAGCCCGACGGUGCCCGAAUCACUUGCGGAGACGUCUCGGUCUCCGCCAAACAUCGCCACAGGGUGAUCCGGACCCUCCGGCUCAUCCUGACAGCAGCACGGGACACGGCCCUCCAGCAGAAGCCCAACCAGGGCAAGGUGAUGGAGUGUGUCGCCUCUGACCCAACCAGUUCCCACUUCAUGAGGUCAGGGCGGCACACUCGGUUUGCCGACUGGAGGUUUGUGCACCGUGCCCGGCUGAACCUGCUUCCCUUGAACGGCGCACGCCCGUGGGCCGGAGCUGCCGACCAGCGGUGCAGAGCCUGCGGCUACCCCCGGGAGACGCUGCCACACGUCCUCUGCCACUGCAUGGUGCAGAGCCGGGCCCUCACGGACAGGCAUGACCAAGUGGUGAGCCGUAUCAGGGCUGCAGCCGCUGGCCGGUUCACCAUAACUCAUGAGAACCAGCCCGUCGGCGGCACAAGCCUGCGACCUGACCUGGUGCUCGUCCGGGGUGAAGAGGCCCUCAUCAUCGACGUCUGCUGCCCCUUCGAGAACCGUCGCGCCGCACUGGAGGAAGCUCGCCUACAGAAGAUCACCAAGUACGAGCCCGUGCGGCAGCUUCUACUGCGGCGGUUCCAGAGGGUGGCAGUGGAGGCCGUGGUGGUGGGGGCGCUCGGGUCGUGGGACCCUGCUAACGACCGAGUCAUGCGUCGCCUGUGUAGCAAACCACAUGCACGGACCCUGAAGAGACUGAUAGUCAGCGAGACUAUAGCAAAAUCGAGAGACAUGUACGUAAAACACGUCGGGAAGUGA